AUGUGAUCCAGAUGGGAGGAGAGAGUUCAUGUUGUCUACAUAGGCAGCUUACUAAGUUUCGGGACACAUUCCCGGAGUGUACGUGCCCCGCGCGCAUCUGUGCGCGUUAUAGAGCUCGAGCAGUGAUUCCUGCAUCUGUUACCCGCUUCAUAUUAGCCCAAAACCUGCUAAAGACAGUCUCGUGUAAAGCUCUGAGGACCAGGACACAUUGAGCACUGCAGAGCACACACAGAAGAGCAGAGGUUUGCUGUUCAUACCAGGCGGAAACAUAUUUACCGUCAUCGUGUACUUUGAAGAGACCCCUCACAGAUAUGGUGGACACACAGACGUUUUCCUGGCCUGUGGGAUUCGGUCUGAGUGCUUUGGAACUGGACGAGCUUGACGAUAGUUCUCACUCGCUGGACAUGAAACCUUUGUCCACGCUGGACUACACCACCAUAUCCGGCGUGGAGUACGAGCCGAGCCCGCCGCCGAGCGAGAUGCCCCACAUGAUGGACCUGACGCACAUGUACUACAGAACACAGGACAGCUACAGGGUGCAGGAGAGCAUCUACAGGGCUCAUGAGAACACCUACAGAGGCCACGACGGGAACUACAGAGCACAGGAGAACAGUUACCCGGCUGAAGAGAGCAACUACAGAUCACAAGAUGCCCAAAACACAAUCAAACUGGAACCCGAGUCUCCUCCUCAGUUUGCAGAGAGCAGCCUGCCAUUUACCAAACCUCAUGAAGAUCUGUCCACUUCAGUUUUAAAUAUCGAGUGUCGUGUGUGUGGAGACAAAGCUUCUGGCUUUCAUUACGGCGUUCACGCCUGUGAGGGAUGCAAGGGAUUCUUCCGUCGAACCAUACGGCUGAAGCUGAUCUACGACCACUGCGACCUGCACUGCCGCAUCCACAAGAAGAGUCGCAACAAAUGCCAGUACUGCCGCUUUCAGAAGUGCCUGAUGGUGGGCAUGUCACACAACGCCAUUCGUUUUGGUCGGAUGCCCCAAGCAGAGAAAGAAAAGCUUCUGGCUGAAUUCUCUACUGACGUGGAUCACAUGCACCCGGAGUCGGCCGAUCUCAGGGCCCUGGCCAAGCACCUCUAUGAGUCCUAUCUCAAGUACUUCCCUCUGACCAAAGCCAAAGCCAGGGCGAUUCUCUCAGGAAAGACCAGCGACAACGCCCCUUUCGUUAUUCACGACAUGAAGUCUUUGAUGGAAGGCGAGCAGAUCAUCAACUGCCGGCAGAUGCCGAUACAGGAGCACAGGAGAUCAGACAUGGGCAUCAUGCACGAGGUGGAGCUUCGCUUCUUCCACAGCUGCCAGUCGCGGUCGGCCGAAGCCGUCAGCGAAAUCACCGAAUUCGCCAAGAGCAUCCCGGGGUUCAUCAACCUGGACCUGAACGACCAAGUGACGCUCCUGAAGUACGCCGUCAUCGAAGUUAUCAUCAUCAUGAUGUCACCCCUCAUGAACAAAGACGGCACGCUCGUCUCCUACGGCCAGAUCUUCAUGACCCGAGAGUUCCUCAAGAGCCUCCGCAAGCCCUUCUGUGAAAUGAUGGAGCCCAAGUUUGAGUUCUCCGUCAAGUUCAACACGCUGGAGUUGGAUGACAGCGACAUGGCUCUGUUUCUAGCCGUCAUCAUCCUGAGCGGAGAUCGACCCGGGCUCUUGAACGUUAAGCCCAUUGAAGAUCUGCAGGAGACCGUUCUUCAUUCUCUGGAGCUUCAGCUGAAGACCAAUCAUCCCGACUCUCUUCAGCUCUUCGCCAAAGUCCUGCAGAAGAUGACGGAUCUACGGCAGCUGGUGGCCGAUCACGUUCAGUUGGUUCAGCUGCUGAAUGAGACGGAGGUCGACUGGUGCUUACACCCCCUUCUGCAGGAGAUUAUAAGAGACUUGUACUAAUUGUGUGGUUUGCUGAUAAGUCAUUUUGAGUUUUGGUUUACCGCUCUGAUGUGGGGGGUGAUGUUUUUGCACUGUUUCAAACCUUUGUCGACAGAGAAACUAGAACAGAGCGUUGCUUUUUGGUCAGCAAGCGCUUUGUGAUUCGUUUCUGGCUUUCGAGACAAAAGAGUGGCGUUUGCUGCCCAUUGCAAGGACCCUGCUUGAAAGGACAGUGUCACUGUGAAUAUGUUUUACAGGGUGAAACAUGGCCCUUACAGAUAAAGCCAUGGACAUAGAAGUGACACUCCAUUUUUAAUAAUAAUAAAAAACAUUUUCCUUUUAAUACGACAGUUCAUUUUUAUCACUGUAAAAAAAUGGAGUGCCACAUAUAUGGCCAACUUAGGACUGCAAUAAAAGUGACUGGUUUUUGGACAAAAACUAAAAACCUUGAGUAUCUCGAUAUAUGCACCAGCUACUAAAUGUACCAAAGAGUUUGUAUUUGUCCCGUAUGACAGGAACAAUACACCCGCAGCUUUAAUAUUUCUCACAGCUUUUCAUUUUGCUUUUAGCAAAUGAAAUUCUUUCUUACAUCUUUCUUAAAUUUGCUUCUCGCUUCAAUGAUGUGCCAUUUGCAUUUAUCAUGUUUGGACAUUUUUUUCAUGGAUAUUGUGAGGGAUAUAAUGAUUUUCUUUAUUUUUCUCAGUCAGGAAGUAAAAGUUGAAAUCAUUCCAAAGCCUUAAUUGUUGACUUUAAUUGCCAAAAUGUAUGUAAAUAUAAAAACGGAUUUUACAAGGGAGCGUUUGAACUCAGUUGUAUUUGAAUAUGUAAAUAAAUAUUUUCAAGCUACAAUUAUUUUAGGUCUCUGGAU